AUGCUACAGCCAACGUCUUCAGCUCAAUCAAGCGCGAAUUCAUCAUCAUCAAUCCAACAGCAGCAGACGCUUGAAUCUAGUCGCUGGAGACCGCUCCCAUCUGUACUCAUCGAUUUCAUGGCAAUCACACUAUGUGAUAUCAUCCCAUUCCGAAACCAACGUCGACCUUCCUCUUCACUGUCCAAACGACGAAACUCAUCCGCACCUGGUUCUCCCACACAGCAGCCUAUUGAUCAGCAACAACAGAAACAACCGCGUCGACCCGUCCCCGAGCUCGUAUACUUUAUUCAAAAAAUCACUCAUCAAGCCGGAAUCAACUGCCGCACAGCACUUGUAGCACUCAUCUACUUGGAACGAGCCAAAAAGUCCCUUCCCCGAAACUCUGUCGGUAGUUAUGAUACUUGCCAUCGCAUGCUGCUAGGUGCAUUGUUACUGGCAUCCAAGUUCCUUCAGGACACAGCAUGGGCGCCGACAUACACCCACUCCAAUGCCGUCUCUACGGCCGAUUCGGCUUUGUUGGCCGCAUCUUGGGCACGUUACUACGGUUAUGCAAACUCUUACUAUGUGGGUCCAAUCACUAAUCGCCGACUGUGUGACAUGUGUGGUGGCCUCUUUUCACUUGAAGACAUUAAUAUGCUCGAACGUGCCUUCCUAAAGCUCAUCAAGUAUCAAUGCUGGGUGGAUGAAAAGGACGUUCAUGACUAUGUCGAACGACACCGCGUCGACUUGGCAUUAUAA